AUGUCACUUCACUCCCUCAGUCCGAGGUCAUCGACCGAGAGUCUACAGAGCAGCUCUUCCACCUCGUCGGCUCCUGACAAGCUUGCACCGGCCGUGACAGGCCCCAUGGUGUGGGAGGGAAGAGAGCUCGAUCCUGCACAAUAUGUUGUUCAUCUCAGCGAUCGUGAGAUUCAAGACAUUCGAGCAGCAGUCAUCAAGGUCAAGAUGGCCGGAAUUGUCCGAUCAGACAUCAGCCAAGAGACGUUUGACUUGGGUAACGCGGAUUUGACCCGCCGCCUAUCCUCAAUCACCAAAGCCAUUCACGAGGGCCGAGGUGUCGCCGUCCUCCGUGGCCUCGACACUGCCCGCUUCAACGACGAAGAGGCCGUCAUCGCGUUUGCAGGAGUAUGCGCCCACAUCUGCCCGCAACGGGCCACUGACUCGUAUGCCAACCAGACCCUGAGUCAUGUUCGCGAUGCUACCAAGGAUCUUGUUCCUGACUGGGCAAAGGACAUUGGUCUUGCCGGGUCCAAGAUAACAGCCGCCAUGGACUUCCACAGCGACCGCUUCUCCGGCGACGUGCUUGCCCUGCAUGUUCGCAACGACGGCGGCGAGAAUGCAGGAGGCGAGCAAUUUGUGGUGAGUUUUGCGCGUAUUUACAAUGAGCUGCUCGUCAGCGAUCCCGAAGCGCUAGAGACCAUGGCCGAACCGACAUGGCCUUUUGAACUCAAGCAAAAGGACAAGGCACCUCACCUCGAGCCAGGACCAACCCUCUUCUUUUCAAAUGGCAAGCCCAUGUGUCAGCUAGUCAAGGCCCCACUCGUGGGGACCCCGUUGAUCCAUCGAGAUCCCGCCAUGCCCCGUUUGACUGCCAAGCAAGAACAUGCGCUGGAGGCGGUCGAGGGGUUAGCGAAGCGCUUCUGCACUAGCCUCGACCGUCAACAGGGCGACAUUCAGUUUCUUCACAAUCUGAGCAUCAUGCAUGCUCGCGGAGCUUACCGAGGCACAGGCGGCAGGCCUAGUACCCGUCAUCUUUUGCGCAUGUUUCUUCGUGAUCCAAACUAUGCUUGGUCGAAGCCAGCCUCUUACCGCCACAACUUUGACGAUCCAUUCGUGUCCGGAAGACCCCAGAACCUUCCCGUCAUUGACAACGACCCCUGGAGGCUCAUUAGCGGCCGCGAGAGCCACGGGUAG